GUUAUUUGUAAAGAAUAAUUUACUAGAAAAUGUAACUCUAGGGAAUGAGAUUUUACCUAUUUUAAAGUUGAGUUAUGAUAAUCUCCCAUCAUAUUUAAAGAGUUGUUUCACUUAUUGCUCUUUGUUUCCCAAAGAUUAUGAGAUGGACAAGGAAACAGUGAUACAACUAUGGAUAGCACAAGGGCUUAUCCAAUCAUCAAACAAAAAUCAACAAUUAGAGGAUGUUGGUGAUGAGUAUUUCAAGGAUUUACUUUGGAGGUCCUUCUUUGAGGAAGUAGAGACUUACAAAGGCUUAAGAUACAAGAUGCAUGAUUUAAUUCUUGAUCUUGCGGAAGCUAUUGCAGGUGAGGAGUGCAGGCUCGUUAAUAUUGAUGGAAAAAAUAUUAAUGAAAAAAAUCGUCAUGUAUCAUGUCCAUUUUCUAUUGACUCAUCUUUUACUGAAACUUUAAGGUUGUUGGUUAAAGCAGUCAAGCUACGUACAUUUCUUUUAACAUAUAAUGAGCAUGAAUCUGGUGGCUUGGAUGAGUCAAUGUUGAAAACAAUUAUUUUGAGUUUCAAGAGCUUGUGUGCAUUAGAUUUACAUGCACUGAACAUUAAAUCAAUACCAAAUUCUAUAGGGAAGUUAAUACAUCUAAAGUAUCUUGAUGUAUCUUUUAAUUGGGAUAUUGAAACUCUCCCUGAUUCAGUUACUACAUUGUUGAAUUUGCAAGUACUAAAACUUUAUAAUUGUAGAGGUCUCAAAGAAUUACCCAAAAAGUUUAGAGAAUUGGUUAACCUCAAACAUCUUUAUAAUCAUGGUUGUGAUAAUUUGAGUCAUAUGCCUUGUGGAUUAGGGCAAAUGACUUCACUUCAAACAUUACAAUUAUUCAUUGUGAGCACCUCCUCCCACACUGGUGGAUUAGGCGAAUUGAAGAAGCUAAACCUGCAAGGAACAUUAGAGAUCUCACAUUUGGAACGGUUGAAAGAAGCUAACUCAGAAUCCAUUGUUGUGAAUUUAAGGGAGAAGCAACAUCUUGAAAAACUGAUAUUAAAAUGGCAUCAUCAAGAUCAAGUAGAUAAUAAUGAAGAUGAGAAGUUAUUAGAAGACCUCCAGCCACACCAAAAUCUCAAACAUUUGGAAGUGCAUCAGUACAAGGGUGUGAAAUUUUCAAGUUGGUUCUCUUCUCACACAAAUCUUGUUGAUUUAAGGAUAGAGAGUUGUAAGAGAUGCCGAUAUCUGCCACCGUUGUCUCAUCUCCCCUCUUUAAAAUCUCUAUGGCUUGAUAUGAUGAAUGAUUUGGAGUACAUAUCCGAUAAUGAUAUGAGUAAAGAGGUGCCUGCUUCAUCCACAACAUUAUCAACACCGUUCUUCCCAUCUUUAAAGUCACUCACAAUACAGGAAUGUCCUAAUUUGAAGGGAUGGUGGGGGACAACAGGGAGGGAUUUAGUUGCAACAGCAUCCGCAUCAACACCAGAUCAUCAACAAGAUCAGUCUCACAACUCACUGCCUUUAUUUCCUCUUCUUUCUUCUUUGUGGAUUAUUAAUUGCCCUAAAAUGACUUCCAUGCCCCUGUUUCCCAAUCUCGAAGAAUCUCUAUUUUUAAAGAAUGUCAGUUUGAAGCCUUUGCAAGAGACAAUGUCAGUUUCCUCCUCUUCAUUAUCCUCUUCUUCUCCUCUCUCCAAAUUAAAUAAAAUGACUUUGGAUUCUAUAGAAGAUAUAGAGUCUCUUCCGGCUGAGUGGGCACUAUAUUCUCUCAAGGAACUACAAAUUCGGAAUUGCCCUAGACUAACAUCUAUGUCUGGAGCGGUGCGUAAUCUCACCUCCCUCUGUUCGCUAUCAAUUGUCAAUUGCGAGGAGUUCGAUCCAUUCAGAGACAUGCAUGAUGAUGGCAUGGAAUGGCGAUGCCUCAAUUGUCUCCGUGAUUUAUGGUUCAAAGGCAUUCCGAAACUGAAGUCUCUCCCUGUGGGUCUUCAAUGUAUUUCCACCCUAAAAGAGCUCACCAUUUCAAACUGUCCCAAUUUAAUGACUUUGCCGGAGCUCACCUCACUUGAAUAUCUUUGGAUUUGUAGAUGCGAGCCAAAUCUGACAUCACUUCUUGAGAUUAGUUGUCUCACUUCUUUACGGUGGCUGGGGAUUGAAGACUUACCCAAUUUGAUUACUUUCCCCGAAUCAAUUAGGAAUCCAAUCUCACUUGAAAAACUUUACAUUUACGACUGUCCCAAUCUCACAACACUACCUGAUGAUGGUUUUCUCACGUCUUUACAAAAACUGGAAAUUUAUUGUUGUCCCCGGUUAGUGGAAAAAUACAAAAAUAAAAUUGAAAAGGAUUUCCCUAAUUUGGAAAUCGAAUGGAUUUGAAACCAUACCAGCAAACGGCUCUGCUUCGUCUCUGCAACAGCCACUCCCCUCUUUCACUUGCUUCAUGGAGAUAAUCAUCUGAAGAAUUUGAACAAGUUUCUCGGGCAAUAUGGUCAUGGGAUAAAUCACUUGGAUAUUUUCAAGAUUUGGGAAGUUGAUGCAGCUAAGAAUGAAUUGGAAACACAGAAUUUAAGGAGGUGUAUGUAUCUGGGCAUAUUCAGAACCAUAUGAAAAAAGUGCAACAAGUCAACAGCUAUGGCUAAGUACACUCGGGAAGGCAGUACUCAAUUUCAAGCCCUUAACUUCUUCAAAAAAGAUUGAAGUCUGGCACUUGUUGAUAUUUUGAUAACAUCUGGUGAGAGAUCAUUAUUUGGCAACCACCAUCUAGGAAGCAGUUUUAUAUUCAGGCAGAAAUUGUUGGAAAAUGGUCCAAGACUGCUCGAAUCCUUAAUUGAAUGUAUUUCAGAAGGAUGUUCUGGUCCAAUAUUAUUACAGUGUAUGGAAUAUAAAAACAGACCAGAGUUUCUGAUCUCCAAAGUGAGUCCAUACUCCAAUUAUGUAGUUUGGCAUGGAUAAAGAUCACAACUAGGUGUUAACAGAAGAGUUGUUCCUUUUCAAGAAUGUCUUCAUUAUGCUCGCAGCUGAUUCCUUGGAUAUUUGACAACUUUUUAAUGAAGCUAUUGAAAAUUUUCAACCUAAACAUGAACUUUGAAUUUGGAAACAGAAAGUUUUUAGUGAAUUUACAGCUAAUGCAAGAAGAUAAAUAGGUUGAAGCAGAUGAAGACUGUACCUUGGUGUUAGCAACAAGAUUACUGCCUAUCUUCAGUUAAAGUUCAAUUUCAGGGUGACUGGUUCUUAGAAUUUUCAGCCACCCUCUGUGAAACCUAAGCUGAUUGCAAACAUUUAUCUUAGUGUAAUUGUUUCAAUAACAAAACAAGCUUGUUAUGAUUUUUUUUUUUUUUUUUUUUUUUUAAUGCUUUUCAAAUUGGAACCCUUUUACCUAUAUACAUAACUGUACUUUAAAGCAUCCAUAUGAACUUAAUUCUAAGAACUAUCUUGAGAAAUAUUUUAUAGGGAUUAAACAUCUAGAAAAUGCUAAUUAUGAAGAAGAAUCAGAUAAUCUGAAGAAAUUCCUGUGAAAAUCUGAUGAUGGGAUGUAUUGCUUGGAUAGUUUCUGGAUUUGAGAAGCUGAUGUAGCUAAGGUACCAGUUAAACUUGUCUAUAAUCAAAUAUUAUGUUUGAUCAUAAUCAAAUUUGAAGAAUCCUGAGUUGACAUGUAAAUAUAUAAAGAAUAGGUAAUGAAUCUUAUCUAGGAGGUGAUGAUUUCAACAAGAGAAUAAACUUUAAGAAAGAUGAAGGCAUAGAUCUUCUGAAUGACAGGCAAGCUCUACAACGUCUCAUAGAGACUGCUGAGAAAGCAAAGAUGGAGCUGUCAUCUCUGACUCAAACCAAUAAUAUUAGUUUACCUUUCAUUAUCGCCAUUCGGAUGGCCCAAAACACAUUGACACCAUGCUGACUAGUGUCAAAUUUGAAGAACUGUGUUCAGAUUUGUUAGACAGUCUAAUUGCGUGCUUAAGUUCUCUGGAUUACAACUCAUAAGCUUUAAGCACCAGUUGAAACUUCCUUGAGAGAUGCAAAGCUUUCCAAAGAUAUGGAUGUAAUUCAACUUGUAUCCCAGCUGUUUAGGAGCUGAAAAAUAUGGAUGAAGUUUUUGUUCUUGGGGCUGUAGUUCAGAAGGACUUGAAACUUUGGGUGGUGUCAACUUCACCAACUUCCAAAUCAGAGGUGUUCUCCACCGCAGCAGAUGGACAGACCAGUGAAGAGAUUAAUGUCUAUCAGGGUGAGAGAGAGUUUGUGAGGGACAACCAGUGCUAGCACCAUGCCAAGUGAUGGGGCUUUGAGCACCAGUUGAAACUUCCUUAAGAGAUACAAAGCUUUACUUCAAAGAUAUCGAUGAGAAUGAAAGGAUGUGUAUAUAUUAGAGGCAUAUUCAGAACCAUAUGAACAAGUGCAACAAGUCAACAGCUAAGACUGGUGUUUUUUAGCUGGAGAAGUUAUUGACAUUGUGCUCUUGGAUGUCUCACCGUGGAAGGACUUGAAACUUUGGGUGGUGUAAUGACAAAGAUUAUCCCAAGGAACACAACUUCACCGACUUUCAAAUCAGCAGAGGUGUUCUCCAGCACAGCAGAUGGACAGAUCAGUGAAGAGAUUAAUGUCUAUCAGGGUGAAAGAGAGGUAUUUAUCUCUCUGAAAAAAGGGUGAGAGAGAGAUCAUGAGGGACAACAAAUCCCUUGGAAGCUUGUGCUUAAGACACCAAAACAGGUGCUAGCACCAUCACACCAUGGCAAGUGAUGAGGUGGAUAGGAUGGUUAACGAAGUUGAAAAUUUUGCAAAAGGAAGACAAGGAAAAGAGGGAUGCCAUAGAUACAAAGAACCAAGCUAACUCAGUUUUGUACCAUACUAGAAGCAAUCUUCCUAGCUAGACAAGGAGAAUGUAGAGGCUAAAGUGAAUGAGAUCAAGGAUGCCAUCUCUGGUGGAUCUACCCAAGCCAUUAAAGAAGCAAUGGCUGUCCUGAAUCAAGAAAUCAUGUAACUGUGGUAGUCAAUGUUGAUAUGAAUUUGAAUUGGAUUGUCUAUUAGCUUUUUUCGGAUUGACUUAUUUGCAUGGACGGCAACUAUUGUUUAGCCUUGAAUUAUGUUAGAGUUGAGAGAGAACUCUUUGAUAGUUAUUUGGGCGUAUUGGGGUUUAGGUUUGUGAGAGUGGUUCUACACCACCUUUGUACUCUCCAUAUUUGUUGGUGAAACUAUCUCCUUGUCACGGCCCGUGGAUGUAGGCCAAAGGCCGAACAACGUAAAUUCUUGGUGUUCUCUCUUGUUUGUGGUUGUCUAUUUUU